CGCUCUUUUUAAAUGAUCUCUCAGCGCCAAAACACAUCCAGCGGGAAGCUGAUCAAAACACAGCGCUACUGACAAGAUGACAUUACUGUUUGAAGCUUCCUGUCCUGAUGGUCUGUGUCCAGGAUGGAGUGUCAUCCUGAAAGGAGAAACCCCAGCAGAAGCCAACAAGUUUGAGAUUAAUUUCCUGUGUGAUCGGGAUGACAGAAUAGCCUUCCAUUUCAACCCCCGUUUCACUGAGUCUGAUAUCGUCUGCAACUCUUUCAUGGCAAACCACUGGGGACAGGAGGAGAAGUGCAGCAACUUCCCCCUUGGAAUAGAGGAGCCUUUCCAGAUUGAGAUUUACUCUGACAAUGAUAACUUCCAUGUUUACAUUGAUGACUCCAAGAUCAUGCAGUACAAACAUCGUGUGGAAGACCUGAAGACCAUCACUAAAGUACAAGUGGUGAACGACGUCAAAAUCUCCUCUUUGGAGAUCACCAAAAAACAUUUUUACUGAGGCUUUGUAAUAAGGCAAAAAAGAACUAUGAGAAGAUUAAUCUGAAGUAGCCUUUGUUUGUUUACGGUGGAUUAUUGUAUGUUUUGCAUUUUUGUUUACACAACUUUAAAUACCAGUGAUUAUCCUCUUGAGUUAAUUAUUUGCCUGUAAAGGUGUGAUUAUUGGUAUUGAUAUGCCUUAUCUGAACUCCAUAUUCAUAUGAAUCUAUGAAUAAAUGGGAGGUUUGAAAAUA